AUGUGACGAGCCCGUCGGCCUCCACGUUCCCCCUGCCGCGCCACGCAGCAACGCCUUCCUCAUCAUACUAUAUAGAAAAAACAUAUAGGAGUCAUGGAGUAGUAUUUCUCAUCCUCUGACCGCCGCCGCCGCCGCCCACCACCGAAGAAACCAGCGGAGCGGUGCGGUGGUGAUGAUGAUGACCACCAUCCCCGCUGCUCGGGGCGCGGUCGCCGCGUGAGACGACGAGGCAGAGACCAGAGAGAUAUAUAGAGAGAGAGAGAGCAGUAGCGAAAGCGCGGAGUGGGUCCGUGGACUGGGGCACGAGCGCCGCCGGAAGAGGUUGCCGGGCGGCUGUAGACCCUCAUCGACCACGGCGAUGGAUAUCACGGAGGUGACGGUGGUACACCACGCGGCGCUCGUGCUGGCGGCGCUCUGGGCCGCCGCGGCUGCCGGCUGGGCGCACCCAGCGCUCUUCCUCGUCGCGCUCCUCUACAUAUUUGCGGUGAAUCAACGGUACACAAUGAGGUUGUGGAGGCGGAUACAGUAUGAGGAAAGGAAAUGUGCGAAUCAGAGAAAGCUUCUCUCUGAUGCAGAGACUGUCAGGUGGCUUAAUUAUGCUGUGGAAAAGAUUUGGCCAGUUUGCAUGGAGAGGGUUGCAUCCCAGCAGUUCCUUUUGCCCAUAUUCCCGUGGUUCCUAGAGAAGUUCAAACCAUGGACAGCAAGGAAAGCAGUAAUCCAAAGUCUUUACUUGGGUAGGAACCCACCGAUGUUUACAGAUAUUAGGGUUGUUAACCAAUCAACUGAUGAUGACCACUUGGUUCUAGAGAUAGGGAUGAAUUUUCUUUCAGCUGAUGAUAUGGAUGCAAGAAUGGCUGUGCAACUAAGGAAGAGAUUAGGAUUUGGCAUUACAACAAACAUGCAUAUAACUGGGAUGCAUGUUGAAGGAAAGGUUCUGGUAGGGGUGAGAUUUCUGCGGCAGUGGCCAUUUAUUGGGCGCGUAAGAGUAUGCUUUGUUGAGCCUCCAUACUUCCAAAUGACAGUGAAACCAUUGUUUGGUCAUGGGCUUGAUGUAACUGAACUCCCAGGAAUUUCUGGAUGGCUUGACAGGAUGCUGGAUGUUGCCUUCGGACAGACACUUGUGGAGCCCAACAUGCUAGUUAUUGAUCUGGAGAAGUUUGCCUCUGAAUCAACAGAGAACUGGUUUAGUGUUGAUGAGAAGCCUCCUAUCGCAUAUGCUCGAGUGGAGAUCCUGGAAGGUGCUGAUAUGAAGCCAUCUGAUCCAAAUGGACUAGCUGAUCCAUAUGUGAAAGGACAUCUUGGACCCUACCGUUUUCACACAAAGAUCCAUAAGAAAACUCUUAAUCCAAAAUGGCUCGAGGAGUUUAAAAUACCAAUAACUUCAUGGGAAGCACUCAACCUUCUUUCUCUUCAAGUCCGAGAUAAGGAUCCCAUUUUUGAUGACACUCUUGGUGAUUGUUCCAUAAGCAUCAACAAAUUAAGAGGUGGAAAAAGGCAUGAUAUAUGGAUUGCACUGAAGAACAUAAAGACAGGGAAGAUUCACAUUGCUGUAACUGUACUUGAAGAAGAAAAUGAAAAGGUUCCUAAUGAUGAAGAGGAACAGUGUGGAAUACAUAAGGUGGACGAAGCUAGCACACCGAGGUCAAGUUUCUCCUCCAGGACCAACCAUGGAAGUGAAUCUUCUGAUGAAUUCCAGAAGAUGUCUGACGAAUUUGAGCCAGUUGACAUAGAAGGAUCAGAAAAGCCCGAUGUUUGGGUGCAUCGCCCUGGCAGUGAUGUCACCAGUGCAUGGGAACCUCGUAAAGGCCGUCCCCGGUGCCAGGAUUCCAAAAUUCACCGGGAGAAUGAUGCUUGUAGUGAUAGCCCAAGGUCAUCAGCGUCAGAAUCUCAUAGAAGUGACUCCAGCACUGAAGAAGCCACGAGCAGUAAAUCGCACCGCCACCUCCACAAGGUCAAGAAGGGUCUGGGCAAGCUAGCUGGAGCAGUGCUCCAUCGGAGCCCAAGGAAAGAGAAUGACGACGAAGCUUCCCCAUGUGUAACGCCUCACCCAAACAUUCGGCCGGUUGGGGAAAGCAGGGUUUCAGUAACAUAUCUGGUCGAUCAAGAUCCUGGGGUCAACAGAUCGGGGUCAAGACCAGAUGACCAGCAGCAAAGCCCUGAGAGAGAGGAGCUGGACAGCCCGAAUAAAAGGCACCUGAGGAAGAAGGCGGUGCACAUGGUGAAACAUGCUGGGAAAACCGCUCAUAAUCUAAAGAGCAUGUUCAGCAAGAAGGGCCUCGACAAGAGCAAAGAAGAAGAACACAGUGAUGAGGAAGGCGAUGUUGUUGCAAUGCAAAAAACUGGCAUGGAAGUUGAUCCUUCACUACCAAGCAUUUGAUGACCUUGCGAUGCAAAAGGACGGGUUAGAACCAUAGAAGUUGAUCCUUCUCUACCAAGUAAUUGAUGCUGUUGAUGCGCUAGAGUCUGUGGCUGAUGUCACGGACGAUGUGAGGUAAACGCAAUCUGCGCGUUAUAUGCAAGUGACCUUGGUAUGAGCAUGUGUAGAACUGUAGUCUGUAGGUAGUUACUGUAACCCCAGGUGUUAAUCAAAGGCUAAUCAUAGGCUAGGCAGUGGGUUGAACUUAAACAAGAUAAUGAUCAUGAGCUUUAGUUCAAAAUCUUUUAAAGUGGUGACGGAAUUUCUCUGAAAAUAGGUCCCAACGUGAACUUUUUGAAAGACAAAGGCAAUAUUGUUUUGUUUAUAUGUUAACCUUUUCAAAAAU